GGGUGCGCGCACUGUCAAAGACGCGUACGCGCAACAUCCUGCUUUACUGCUCCCCUGCAAAGACGGGUCGCCACGCUUUCAGUCAGAGAAUCCAGCUGUCACUCAACGAGACCCCCGUUCAGCCAGUGUCAGACUGUAUGUGGCACACGGCGGAAAAGCCCGGUCCCGAUAAAUACGAGACACCGCUGGAUGUAGGUGGACCUCCAGCGAUCAACAGAUCGGCAACUCCACUGUCCACUCCUCCUGCGAAGAAGGAAAGAUGAGGGACCCGAAAGACAAUACCGGAGCCAACUGGCACAUGUGAGCGAUAUUUAUUACCAAAUUCUCGAGCUAGUCACACAGAUAUGAGCACACUAGCUCUCAAGAUUUGGUUGUAAUUAGCCGACGCAACUGCUCUUGGCAGCGGAGAAGGUUCAGCCCGUGCCAAAAUGAACAGACUAUUGUCUAGCAUCGCUGUAACGGAAUGGGCCCGCAGGAAUUUUGGCACCGGUUUUACGCAGCAGACCACAUAGUUCAAUCGACGUAGCUCGACUGAAGACAGAGUAGGGUGGCUGGCAUGGACAAAGAAUGCUUACACAUCUCGUAGUGAUGCUAUAAGAUAAAAAGACAUCAGUGAAACACCCUGCUGGUUCCCUCCCGAGAAGUGGAGCAGAUAAUCAACGGCGGGAUUCAAGUUUGGACCUCACCAAGUCCAAAACGACCUUCCCCUCCCCAAAACAGAAUCAUCUUACAUCUUAAAGCAUCUUCACAGACUCGCAUAGCGGUAAGAAUUUCUCUAAUAAUUCCCAGUAAUGUAAUAAUUCUCAUCUUUGUUCAUUGUGUGGCUUAUUUCUAACCCAAUGGAAGGUGAGGGUGGAUGUUGGGGGGUCAUGGACGCACCAUUUGGCACCAUAACGCACAGACAAUGCUUGCAUCUUUGUGGUUCUGUUCUGUUUUAAUUUGCACUGGAUUUUCCCUGUUUUUUUUAUUAUUAUUUUGCGAGUGUAACACGUUGGUCAAGGCCAAGCUGUGAGCAACAAGAGAGCAACUUCACUGUACAAACGUGCUUUUGUGAAGCUGCUGCGACCGGCGCGUUUAAUUGACAUAAGCUGCUAAUUUGAAGUCCAUAUUGCCGCCCGUCAGCUUCAAAUCAAAUGCAAUUGUAGCCGUAAAAAAAGCAAUUACGUCCAGACACUGAAACACAGUGUCUCAUAAUCUUUUGUUCUCAAAUCAUUUUCAGCAGGAACAUGGUGUAGAUGGGCGGUGCAGGGAUUCUCCUCGGGAUCUGGUUAAAUCCUGCAGGAGCUGUUCAAAUUAGUGGAAGUACAUGCAGACUUUAUAAUGACGUUAUUGGCAAACUCUUGAGAUUCAUUAAUAAUGGAUAUGUUUCACAAGUGUUGAAAAGCUUUGCCUACAAUGCGUUUUUUGUUUUGUGGUGAUUUGUAUUGAACAGUGCUGUAACAUUAUGCAGGCUCACAUUAUCAAAACCUAUAGAUCUGAAUUAUUUGAAAUAAUAAAAGUGCUAAUUGCAGCUGCAGUGCUUAUUAUAAUUAAACAUAUUUUCUGCUUAAUACAUUAUCGUGACUAAAUAGUUGCAAAAGAUCACCACAACACCACAUUUCCAACAAUUACUCUCAAUAAUCGCACAAUUAAGCGUAACAUAAUUUGCAACUCUGCAUAUAAAAACAUGAUAUUAUCUAUGAUGGUGCCGUUACCCAUGGUGCACUAGCUCUCUUUUACCUCUCUUCCAACAGAAUGUGCUUACAGCUGCUUUGACAGCCUCUCUGUGCACAGAUCCCCCGUUUCAGUGAUUAUCUCAUCAUUUUUUAAGUCAAUAUAUCAAAAGCAACACUCCCACCACUCAGCAGUUAACCUGGGGAGCAGUCAGCUCCUGGCAUUAUUCACCACAAUGAGAAACCGUUUCAUUGUGCCGCUGGAUGCCUUUGAAAUAUGCCACAUUGGUUUCCGUGUGGAGCAUUUGUCAACGCCACAGCAGCAAUGGCUCAAAUAUGAGCCACCAUAAUGAGUUUCUCCCCUGUGCUUCAGAAAAUCCUCCUAUAUGUUAAGACAUUGUGAUGGAUUUGGGAUGUUGCCAACCGAAAGAGCUUAGUGCUCAUGAAUGAUGCUUGCUUUCUACAUAGCAUAUGGAUGCUAUGCAUUUAUUCAGAAUUUAUUUUUUGGUAAGCUGCCAGUAGAAGCAUAUCUACCUCAAUUUGCCCUCCAUUCCUUCUUCUAUAUUUCCAUCCAGUAAGUGCGCUUUUGGCAUUUCACAGCCUUGCAAUCAACAUUUUCUGUAUGUGAAAUUAUUUCUGCGAGGCAGUCCAUCUCUGUCGCCCAACACCCCUCCCACCUUGUUAGCCCUGCACCCCCCCUGAGACCAUUAUCUCACUCCCUGUGGAUUGGAGGAGGAACUUGUGCCAAUAUGGGAGAAGGGGAAGUCGACCCCUGUGCACUCCAGCACAGAGAGAGAGGGAUGAGGAGCAGAUUCUGUGUGGCAGCGAGGAAAUGCCCCAUCACUUCAGUUAGUAUCAUGACCAGUGUGCUCCUGUCCUCUUUUCAUUUAACACAUACAGCAUUUUUCUGUAUUAUUACACUCUUGGAGAGAAACACUCCUGCUACCAAAAAAGCCAUGACUUGGCAGAUAUAAGUGAUAAAUUGUGCAUGGAUGUUUAUUAAAUGAUCAGAAGACGUCCUAGAAAAGUCUGAGAAAUGCUACAUAGCCUCUUAGCUGGCUGCUUGAUUUACAGUAUAUCCAAUAAAAUCAGAACAUUUUGCAGCUCUUCAAAUGAAUGUCCAAGAAAAGGCGCACAAAAAUGGCUCUUUGAUAAGUUGUGAAUAGCAACACGGACAAUGCUGGCUAUCAACCAUGCAGCAAAGUGCUGUCUUGACUUACAGAUUGCAUGAUAAAAGUAUCAUCUCAAGUUGUGAAGCACAAUAGUACUCCAUUGUUUACAAGGCCUGCAUAGAAAAUUUCACACUGAUAAAAAUAUAGCUGUCUUAUCAGUGAAAUUAAAGUAUAUCAAUAGAAAAAUGCACCCUGUAUUUGUUAUACCUUUAGUAUACCAGUGGAUUGUUUUUUAUCAUGCAUUGAUGUGUACAUUUAACUGCUGUAGUUGGUAAAAGUGAAGCUAAUUUGAGCGAUUUUUACAUACUGUUGGGUAGUUUAAUCUCUUACCCCACCAUAUUUUAUUAAAAUGUGUUUUAUCACAUGUUUUGUUCAUAAAAUCUUGAUCUUAACUAAAGCUGUCAAGUAAAUGUAGUGGAGUAAAAACUACAAUAUUCCAUCUGAAGCGUAGCAUGAAAUGGAAUUACAAGUACCAAAAACUUUGUGUUCAAGUACAAUAUACUUGAGUAAAUUUACAUAUUUACACCACAGCACUGCAAAGCACAUUUUAAAAACCUUCAGUAAUUUCAUAUCAUAAUGAAAUUUGGUUCCUUUGUUGACAUUUAAGUAUUUUAAUGAGUCAAGGCCUGAUGCACAGCUCACUGCAGAGCUUUACGCUUAAAUACCAUACCAUUGAAUUCUUAAUGUCUUAUGAUAAAAGGAAAAUCAAUGUUGCCAUAUACUGUUGGAUUUAUUAUUCCGUUCCUCUUUCAAUUCACAGUUAAAAGCAAGCAUAAUACUCCUGGGGGGUUGCAAUCAAUAAUGGUGUAUUAAAUUAAAAGCUCAGUGGAUCUGCUUGCAAUUGCUCAAGGCUUUUGCACACAGUAUAGUUUCAGCCUGCAUUUAACUACAAAUAAAUACAAAUAAAAGGGGUUUCCAUUGACACAGGAAUAGAGAAUUGCAAAACUGAUCUCAUGUUUAAUGUCACAUUAAACUGUAGUGUUUGUUCCCAACCAGUCAAGGUAACAUCAACACGAGGGCUCCAACCACUCUCAGCCAGAUGUGCUACAUAAUACAGUAACACACAAUAUUCACCACCAUCAGUCAUAGAUCAUAGUUUUGAAUCCUAAAUUGCCUCAUUUCCACCAUUAACAUCCCUCUAAUCUCCAAAUAUCACCAGAGCAUUAUGUGUAUCAAAUUCUCCACCUCUAUGCUGUUAUUCUAAUGUUAUUUUUUAUGUUAAUCACUCGCAAUUAAAUCAGUCAUUUACAAUUAUCAUAAUUGUCUAGUGAAAUGUCUGCAGGAUCUGUUUAAGUCAAUUAUAUGCUUUAUAGGCAGCUAUUUUGAAUAAUUGGAGUAAUUCACUUCCUGUUUUUCCCAAUUCUUCCCUUCAGAAUGUGUGAUGUGGAGCCAGUACAGUAAGAGAGUCUGUGAGCAGGUGAGAGAGGGACACUGUCUGCCCCACUGUCCAGCGACACCAUGAGCUGGAGCUUCCUCACGCGGCUGCUGGAGGAGAUCCACAACCACUCCACCUUCGUGGGGAAGCUGUGGCUCACCGUGCUCAUCGUCUUCCGCAUCGUUCUCACUGCCGUUGGGGGAGAGUCCAUCUACUACGAUGAACAGAGCAAGUUUGUCUGCAACUCGGGCCAGCCGGGCUGCGAGAAUGUCUGCUAUGACGCCUUUGCCCCUCUAUCUCACGUUCGCUUCUGGGUCUUCCAAAUCAUCUUGGUGGCGAUGCCUUCUCUCAUGUACAUGGGCUAUGCUGUCAAUAAGAUCGCACGAUUGGAUGAAGCCAAAGGAGGAGGUGGUUCUGCUGCAGUUAGAACAGGAGGAGGGGGCUACACACACAGAAAACCCAGGAAGAUCUGCUUUGGAGCACGGCAGCAUCGGGGCAUUGAGGAGACUGAGGAGGACCAGGAGGAUGAUCCCAUGAUCUAUGAGGUACCAGAGAUUGAGCCCCCUAAAAGGCCACGGGAUCCACUGCAACCCACACCUAGACCCAAAAUCCGGCAUGACGGGCGCAAGCGUAUAAGAGAUGAGGGGCUGAUGCGGGUUUAUGUUUUACAGUUGGUGACUCGUACACUGCUGGAAGCAGGCUUCCUUGCAGGCCAGUAUUUGCUGUAUGGGUUCCGUGUGAUGCCCGUGUUUGUGUGCUCGGGGAAACCUUGUCCCCAUAGUGUCGAUUGCUUUGUGUCACGGCCUACAGAGAAGACCAUCUUCCUGCGUAUCAUGUAUGGUGUCACUGUCCUCUGCCUCACGCUCAACAUUUGGGAGAUGCUCCAUUUGGGGAUUGGUACCAUCUGUGACAUUCUCCGCCGUCGGCGCUGCCCACCUCAGGAGGACGAGUACCAGUUGGGAUUGCUUGGCACCAACGGGGGUGUGGAGGGCUCAGUAGGGGGGACAGGGCCAGAGGCAGGCUCUGAGGGAGGGGUGGGUGGAGACGGGGCUGCGGAUUACGUUGGUUACCCCUUCUCAUGGAACACCCCAUCAGCUCCACCUGGCUAUAACAUUGUGGUAAAGCCAGAGCAGAUGCCCUACACGGACCUAAGCAACGCUAAGAUGGCAUGCAAGCAGAACAGGGCAAAUAUUGCCCAAGAGGAGCAGCAGCAAUUCGGUAGCAAUGAGGAUAACUUUCCCACCGGAGGGGAGGCCCGUGUGGCUUUGAACAAAGACAUGAUCCAGCAAGCUCAUGAGCAACUGGAGGCGGCCAUCCAGGCAUACAGUCAGCAGCACCGGGCAGAAGAGCAGCUUGGAGACAACCAGGAUGACAAGCCCCAAAGUAACAUCAUCCAGGCCCAACCUCAGCCACAGCCUCAGCCCCAGAAAGAGCGCAAGCAUAGAUUCAAGCACGGAAAAGGUGGCAGCAGUGGAGGAGGCAGCAGCAGCAACAGCAGCAGCAGCAAAUCAGGAGAGGGUAAGCCCUCUGUAUGGAUUUAACCCCAGAAACAGUGACGUGUAUUGAAACCAUGUAUAUAUUGGAAACUGGAUGACAAGUUGUUGCAAUCUUCCUUGGAUAUUUAAACACCACUGUGCCUUAAAGAAUCCUGCAAGCUGGAGAAGAUGUGUAUUUGUGUACUAAAGUGUGCAAAAGAAACGUGAUGUUGCAGCUGACAAUUUGUUUUGUCUGGGCUAUCACUGUUUAACUUGAAACAUCACACCAACACAAACUGUUGGCUACAGUCUGUCGUUUACAUGUCUCGUUCUCUUCAAGUCUUGAAGCAGAUUAUUGACCUCUGUUGUCUUCCCGUUUAUCCUUUAUGAGGGGUUUGAACUUUGGAAAAUUACUGAAUGAUAAUGAGUUCUGUUGCAAAUCAGAUUGAUCCCAGAUUUGGCUUAGCUCAUUUUCUGGCCGCUCCUCUGCAUAGACAGCGUCUAUAUAAAUACAUUGGCAUCCUAAUUCUUUUGACAUCAGACUGAAGUAUAAUCACAGUACAGAGGCAAAGGGAUGCCAGGUCAUUACUAUGUUCUGGCAAGCUAAAGCUAUGUUUCCAUACUGUAAUGGCAUUAUCAAGAAUCACAUCAUAACAAUGCAAAAUGCAAUAAAAUGAAACAUAAUUCAGUGGCAGCACCUAAAGCAGUGACGUGAUAAUCCAGUGAGAGCAUCACCUUCCUGAAGGCUGUAUCCUGUCAGUCAUGUUCUGUGUCUGCUUUCUCUCCAAUGUGGAUCACAGUGUUAUGUUGCUGUGACUUUGCAUUUGACAGUGUGUUUGUAUAUGUCUCCUGUUCUUUUCUUUUUUUUUUUAAUAUAUAUAUAUAUAUAACUGUGCUACACUAUCUGCUGCUUGGAAAAUGACGAGUAUAGCAGGUGGAUCUGAAAUUUCCUGAGAGAAAAAAAAAGUUCUUUUUUAUAAAGGUGCACAUGCAAUCCAGUUUUUAUACCUUUCUCUUCACUUCUCAGUUUCUCUUCCUGGCUCUUCAUGGCUAUUGAAUAAGGCUGCUCAGCACUCCAUUGGUGUCUCAUCUGCCUUGUAGUUGACUGCCCCCUGGUGGUAUCUUCAAUUGGGCUUCCUUUAUUUGGAAGUAGAUACCAAUUGCCAAUGCUACCUGCAUCCAGCAACACCUUAACCAGCUGUAGUGUUCCUUUUCUAUUGACAAGCCUUGUGUCGGUUAAGUCUUCUCAGCGCUACAAGUUCAGUGUUAGAUGCACAAGGCUGCAAUAUCACCACCUUGUAAUGGAAAAGGUUUAAAGCCAUUACUAUAAUAUAGUGAGACCAAACACUGUUUGUGUGAUGCAAGUGUCAGUGCCAAGAUUUUAUGCUGGGCUGCCACGAAGCCUGGUUGUUUGUAGCUUUGGAAUACUGUGGCCAUGCUACUCCAGUUGUGGAAUAAUGCCUAUGUGAGACCAACCCUUUUGUAAAAGUCACUUGUUUUUUGUAUUACAGUACAUGUAUUGCUUUUCAGAGUGGGUUUUAAAUAGCAAACUCCAAAAUGGAGUCAAUUUUUGUGUUUGAGCCAGUGUUUCAUAUGAAAACACUUUUUUAAAGAACUGUUUUUGUAAAAUAAAGAAAAUGCAAGAUCUUUAAACAAUGAAUUAGUCGUAUGGAUAUUUAUGGUUAUUGUGUUUGAAAUUGCCUUCCAACUGUAAAAAUGUGAAAUAUGACAUAGUAUAUUUUUAUAAUAUGUCGGCUACAGUGACUUAUUGAUGUAAAGAAAAAAAGCCAGACUUGUCCCUGUAUGUUACAGUAUUAAUAUUUAAUGUAUGUAGCAACCCUCUGGGCUGUGUUUUAAUAAACAGUGUUACUCCUUUUCCAACAUUGUUCUGAGAUCUACUGAACAGCUGUGUGUGCAGGACAGCCUGGAUGGUGAAAUAAAUUGAGGAAAAGACAUGAAGUGCCAAAUUACUCAAACCAUUCCAAGCUUUGCCCACAGUGGCUCUCCAAACAAGCAGCAGUUCAUUUCAAGAUGGUAAAUUGGGGAGGGAGCAAAUCUGAAAAGCCGUGACAUUAUGUUCUUGAUUUAAUAAAUCUUGUCUGAAGGAUCUGAGGAUUUUCCCAGGAAACAGUAAACGAACUGGUCAAACCAUUGUAAGGCUGGACAUUGUGACGUGGCUUCCUUCACAUAAACACAGUGCACAAUACAACAGGGAAAGAGUCUUUCUCACAUCUGUUCAACAUGCCGGCCAGCAGCAGACAGUCAUAAAUCACCAGAAGUAUUUCAGUCAGCUGCUCUCCAGAGCAGUGAUUGACACUGGCUCCACUGAUGCCGCUCCUUCCCAGUAAGCCACAGGUGAUUUACCGAAAGUUUUCCAGUCAAUCAGUCCUCGUUAAAUACAUUCCCAGUAAGUCAAGUUUCUCAACCAAAGUAUUCACUGCAUUUUGUUGAAGACAAGGAAACAAAUUGAAGUAUAAAUGGGAAACAGGCAGCUGGCGAUGCUUUGCUGUUAGAGCCAGCUGAAGCCACUAGAGGGCGACUUCCUGUCAAGGAGGGAGCACUAUCGAGAGAGAGGAAGGGGCGUUUUGAGAAGGUGCCAUAAGGGUACUGAAAGACCCCAUCUGCUCAGAGUCUGCACAACUGGCAGCUUGGCCUAACAUCGCUAAAAGUAUUCUAGGUUAUGUGGCUCAGACUUGUCUGUUUUUAGGGAAAAGAAAUGAAUUUAAGCAGCUAUCCAGGUCAAAAGAGUUACCCUGUGGCACAGUUAUGUAUUUGUGUCACCUUGUUCUCUUUUGUCUGUUGACUGACUGAGAAAAAAGAGAGUAGGGUAGAUAGAAAGUGUGCUUAUUGGACCGAAAUGACUUUUACAAUUACUUGUAUCAGGGGUUAUUCUCUACACAUUGUCACUGUCCUGAGAAAACCAUGUCUCUCCAAAAUGUCACCAGGGCUUUUUAAAGAAACACUAAAAGCAAACACAGGACAAGCCCAGGGUAAAGAUGCCGUGUCAGAUUAGGCACUGACGGUCUUAAAUAAGUGGGUCAAUGUGUAAUUUGACGCUUACGACAUUGCAUUUGCUAGAAAAUAAUAAUGAAGGCCUGUUUUUCUCAACCCAUAAAGAGCAUCUAAACGUUUAGGUUUAUGAGUUUGUCAGUAUGUCCAUGUUGGUUUCUCUCUGGAAUGUUCGUUUGUUGUGUAAGUACAUUGACUCUUUAAGGAUUUUCAGCCAAAACAUAUUGGUAAUAAAGUACUGACAGUUGCAAGGUGGCAAAAAAGAGCUGACAGCCAUUUAAUUAUCCCUCAUACCUGGCAGCUGAAGGAAUUAUAAGUGGAAGCACCUUACAAAGUGGUUGUAUCAGAAGUCUUUUGUGGGUCUUUUUUAUCAGGGAUACCACAAUGUCCACCCUCAGCAUCUGUCUGUCUAUGUAAAACAAUGUCUGUGUUCAGAAGAUGGACUGUAGUGUUUCCAUACAUGUUUCUUAUAGUCACCCAUGUGGGAUGUGACGAUAAAACCAGUGAUAUUAUCAAUACAAACUCUGAUUCAUACAUGCAUUUGUGUAUUUGUGUGUUUUUCUAUGCCUUUUGCAAAAUGUACAUUUCUUUGAGUGCCAUACUGGUAUCCCCUGGCAAAGUUUUUCUUUUCAUAUUCUUUGAUGAAAACAUUUGCAUGUGAAAAGACCUAUUUUCCUAUAAAAAAAAUAAAUCAGAAAUGCAUAUUGAAUAAAGUGUCUGUAUCUUUUGUUUGGGCUGCA